CCACUUUGUUGUCGUGUGAUGGAAUGUUCGUCUGGACCUCUUUCCAUACAUCGCAGUACCUACAGCUCAUCUCCUCACCUUGGAUCUUUCUAUGCAGUACAUAGUCAGCUCUCUAUUCUCCCAUCUUUCCAUUCUCCGUUCAAACAACGUCACACGCGAACGGCCCCUGAACGGCCAACUCUACCGCGGUGGCUUUCCCAUUGUCCUGCAGCUCCCACCUCAUCACAAACCCUUCCUCUUUUCUCUUAGCUUGACCAGUCCGCACUUCUUUGUCCUUGAUUUGGCCGACACCUCUGCUUCCGUGCUUUACUUGGAAAUCAGUCGUCCCCGUGAAACAUACGCCAAGCUCAACUAUAGCCAAAAUACUCCAUAUCAAUUCGCAUGUGAAACGCUUUCUGUGCCAGUUCGAAGCUUAAACUCCGCCUAUCCCGCUGCCCAGCACAUCAACCUUCCACUCUUGAUUCAUUUGUUUGGAGAUAAUCGAGAUGCUCUCUUUGAUACGUUAUCAACCCGUUUUGAGCCACAGCACAUCGGUUGGGCUCGAAGUCAUAUGUCUGCAAUAAAAUAUACAUUCGGGAUCUUUGUGUCUCUUGGUAUCCUGCACGAAACUCAAACCAGCCUUGCUUGUGAACGAACUCGCUAUGCAAAACAAUAUCUUCUUCGAAAGUGUUCCCCCAUCGCACACGCAAUCAAACUCCCUUCGCUGUUAUGCAUUCGUAUGUGACAAAACUGUCUGCAUUUAUGCAGUCAUUUCCCGCAUUCGUGCAUCUCGUCUCUCCUGCUUCUGCAUGCCUUUCUACUCUCCAUUGGAGUCGGCUUUCGCUCCGCCCAUGUACUUUUGCAUGAAUGUGAUGUAGUCGUACUUUUCCAGGUCGCGAUCUUCCUGUAAGUCGGGUCCGCUGUGCUGUGGCAUCGUCUUGACCAGGUCUUCGAUGAGUUCGUCUGGGAUGAGCGAGUGUCUGAGGUCGAGUUCGGUGACAUAGGGCUGUGGAGAAUGUUUGUCAGUGGUCUUCUUUGCUAGACUGAAAACUAGUUGCAUGUGA